CUCACGAGACCCACCCCCCUCAGGCUUCCCGCACGUGAAAGAGCUCGUCCCGGCAACCCGUAGACUGUGGUGGCCAGACCGGGGUCAGGGUACACGGGCGGAGGCCGGGUAGCCACCCGAGGAGGCGGAGCUGCCCGGACGCCUGGGUCCCAGCGAGGCCCUACGCGCUCCAGGCCUGACGCCCCUGCUCCGCCGCCCAGGCGAUGCUGGCCGUCCGGAAGCGGAUCGUGACUCCUCCCUUUCGUCCCCUCGGUCCCCGGCAGGCGGCGCCGUCAGCCCGGCCCGGGUUCCCCUGCGGCUGCGAGCCCUGCCUACCCUAGGGGAAUUGAGAUUGGCGUGGAGAGAGGCGAAGAAACGGGCUGGCAGAGAGCCAUGUGUCACUUGGAAUACGUUUUCCUCUUGGGCUGUGUAUUUUAGCUUUAGGAUCUCCUGGAGAAUCUGUGUGAAUUCCUGCGCUCUACACCCAAGUAUCCUGAAGCAGGCGAUCUGGGUGAGGCCUGGAAACCGUUUUUAUCAGUCGCUCCAGGUUGAUUGAUGCCGAUAGUCUGUGGACUUCACCUUCAUUCCACUCACUUUGAAUGCAGAAGGUCUCAGUGCUGCUCUUCCUGGCCUGGGUCUGCUUCCUCUUCUAUGCCGGCAUUGCCCUCUUCACCAGUGGCUUCCUGCUCAUGCGUCUGGAGCUCACCAACCAUAGCAGCUGCCAAGAGCCCCCAGGCUCCGGGCCCCUUCCCCACGGACACCGAGGGGAGCCCGGAGCCUGUUGGAUGACUGCGCGGUUCUCCCGGGUUGUGUUGGUGCUAAUAGAUGCACUGCGUUUUGACUUUGCCCUGCCCAAGAGCCCACACAUGCCUGGGGCGCCUCCUGUCUCUGUGCCCUUCCUUGGCAAACUGGGCUCCUUGAAUAGGAUCCUAGAGAGUCAGCCCCACCAUGCCCGGCUCUACCGAUCUCAAGUUGACCCCCCUACCACCACCAUGCAGCGCCUCAAGGCCCUCACUACUGGCUCACUGCCUACCUUUAUUGAUGCUGGCAGUAACUUCGCCAGCCACGCCAUAGUGGAAGACAAUCUCAUUAAGCAGCUCACCAGUGCAGGAAGGCGUGUAGUCUUCAUGGGAGAUGAUACCUGGAAAGACCUUUUCCCUGCAGCUUUCUCCCAAGCUUUCUUCUUCCCAUCCUUCAACGUCAGAGACCUGCAUACAGUGGAUAAUGGCAUACUGGAACACCUCUAUCCCACUGUGGACAGUGGUGAAUGGGACGUGCUGAUUGCUCACUUCCUGGGUGUGGAUCACUGUGGCCACAAGCAUGGCCCUCACCACCCUGAGAUGGCCAAGAAACUUAGCCAAAUGGACCAGGUGAUCCAGGGCCUUGUGGAACGUCUGGAGAAUGACACACUGUUGGUGGUGGCUGGGGACCAUGGAAUGACCAUGAAUGGGGACCAUGGAGGGGACAGCGAGCUGGAAGUCUCUGCUGCACUCUUUCUGUACAGCCCCACAGCCCUCUUCUCCAGUGCCCCACCAGAGGAGCCAGAGGUGGUUCCUCAAGUCAGCCUGGUGCCCACGCUGGCCCUGCUGCUGGGCCUGCCCAUCCCAUUUGGGAACGUCGGGGAAGUGAUGGUGGAGGUGUUUUCAGGGAGUGAGGACUCCCAGUUCCACUCCUCUGCUCUGGCCCAAGCCUCAGCUCUCCAUCUAAAUGCCCAGCAGGUGUCACGAUUUCUUCACACCUACUCAACCGCUACCCAGGACCUCCAAAUUAAGGAGCUUCAACGGCUGCAGAGCCUCUUCUCCAAAGCCUCUGCUGACUACCAGCGGCUUCUGCAGAGCCCCCAGAGAGCUGAGGCAGCACUGCAGGCUGUGAUUGCUGAGCUGCAGCAGUUCCUGCGGGGAGCUCGGGCUAUGUGCAUCGAGUCCUGGGCUCGUUUCUCUCUGGUCCGCAUGGCGGGGGGUGCCACUCUCUUGGCUACCGCUUGCUUUCUCUGCCUGCUGGCAUCUCAGUGGGCAACAUCCCCAGGCUUCCCCUUUCGCUCUCUAUUCCUGAUACCUGUGUUAUCGGGUCUGGCUGGGGCCAUGUUAUAUGCUGGACUCCUGGCAACUACAGGGCUGAAGUUGGAUCCAGUAGUUCUAGGGGCUGUGGCUGCAAUGGGCUCACUCCUGCCUUGUCUGUGGAAAGCCUGGGCUGGCUGGGGAGCUGGGAGGCACCUGGCAGACCUGCUUCCCAUCCCUGGGCCUGUCCUACUGUUCCUACUCAUACGUUUGGCUGCCUUCUUCUCUGAUAGCUUUGUCGUAGCUGAGGCCAGGGCCACCCCAUUUCUUUUGGGCUCUCUCAUCUUGCUCUUGCUUGCCCAGCUUCACUGGGAGGGCCAGCUUCUGCCACCUAGGCUGCUUGCAGUACCCCGUCUUGGCUCUUCCACUCCACCCAGUGCCCCACGGCACAAUGGUGCACACAUCCUGGGGCUUGGAGUUGGGCUGCUUUUAUGUACAAGGCUAGCUGGGCUCUUUCAUCGCUGCCCUGAAGAGACACCUGCUUGCCGCUCCUCUCCCUGGCUGAGUCCCCUGGCAUCCAUGGUGGGUGGUCGAGCCAAGAAUUUGUGGUACGGAGCUUGUGUGGGGGCGCUGGUGGCCCUGUUAGCUUUCGUGCGCCUAUGGCUUCACCGCUAUGGUAAUCUCAAGAGCCCUGAGCCCCCUGUGCUCUUUGUGCGCUGGGGGUUGCCCCUAAUGGCACUGGCCACUGCUGCCUACUGGGCAUUGGCUUCAGGGGCAGAUGAAGCGCCCCCACGUCUCCGGGCCCUGGUUGCUGGGGCAUCAGUUAUGCUGCCUCGGGCUGUGGCAGGGCUGGCUGCUUCUGGGCUCAUGCUGCUGCUCUGGAGGCCUGUGACAGUGCUGGUGAAGGCUGGAAUGGGUACCCCAAGAACGAGGACUAUCCUCACUCCCUUCUCAGGCCCCCCUACUUCUCAAGCUGAUCUGGAUUAUGUGGUCCCUCAAAUCUACCGUCACAUGCAGGAGGUGUUCCAGGGCCGGCUAGCAAAGACCAAAUCUCAGGGCCCCCCAACUGUGACAGCCUAUCAGUUGGGGAGUGUCUACUCAGCUGCUAUGGUCACAGCUCUCACCCUGUUGGCCUUCCCACUCCUGCUGUUGCAUGCAGAGCGCAUCAGCCUCGUGUUCCUGCUUCUGUUUCUGCAGAGCUUCCUUCUCCUGCAUCUGCUUGCUGCUGGGAUGCCCAUCACCACCCCUGGUCCUUUUAUUGUGCCAUGGCAGGCAGUCUCUGCUUGGGCCCUCCUGGCCACACAUACCUUCUACUCCACGGGCCACCAGCCUGUCUUUCCAGCCAUCCAUUGGCAUGCAGCCUUCGUAGGAUUCCCAGAGGGUCAUGGCUCCUUCACCUGGUUGCCUGCUUUGCUGGUGGGAGCCAACACCUUUGCCUCCCACCUCCUCUUUGCAGUAGGUUGUCCGUUGCUCCUACUCUGGCCCUUCCUAUGUGAGAGUCAAAGACCUCGGAAGAGGCGGCAGCCCCCAGGGAAUGAAGCUGAGACCAGAGUCAGGCCUGAGGAAGAGGAGGAGCCACUGAAGGAGAUGCGGCUCCAGGAUGCCCCUCACCACUUCAAUGCAGCACUGCUGCAGCUGGGCCUCAAGUACCUCUUUGUCCUUGGUACUCAGAUUCUGGCCUGUGCCUUGGCAGCUUCCAUCCUCCGCAGGCAUCUCAUGGUCUGGAAGGUGUUUGCCCCUAAGUUUAUUUUUGAAGCCGUGGGCUUCAUUGUGAGCAGCGUGGGACUUCUCCUGGGCAUAGCUUUGGUGAUGCGAGUGGAUAGUGCUGUUAGCUCCUGGUUUAGGCAACUAGUUCUGGCACAGCAGAGGUAG